AAGUUUUAUAUAUAUUGAAAAUUUGAAAAGAAAAGCGUCAGUCAAAAUGGGGCACCACUGAAGUUUAUUUUUUUACUACCCCGCAAAUGGCCUGUCUAGAUGAACCUUCAUAAUAACUGAUAUAUAUAUAUACAUGAUUGUAAGAGCCUCUGACUGACUGCAGCUAAGCAGAAAUCCUGAAACCACAAAACAGUAAAGAAAAGAAACCCGCCGAAGAAGUAAGUGGAUGUUGAAACCGAUUCAAACCACAAAACUAACAUUAAAAAUCGUCCAACCAGUUGAAGGAGAGCCAACGACAAUAAUAGUCGUAAAAAGUGAAACGAGUACAAAAGUUGAUUUCGUCCUUGGCAUUUGCAAAAUAGCACCACCAUCAAACCAGAACAACAACAACAAAGUACAAGUAGUUCCAAAUAGAGGUGAAGCAAGAGUGGAACUGAUAGAUAAGAGGGAGGAGGAGAAGAGGAGAUUCGGGCAGCUGCUGCAUUUACUGUACCAUAAAGCUGAGCAACGAAAAAUUUUAUUAACCAGCUUCAACCACCUCUAACGUCCUCCAUUGGCAUUGGCUGUGGUUACGAGAUUUUUGAAAAAAAUUAUCUGGACCCCCAAAGGCGCAAUCCUGGCACAACGACAUCACACUAACUCCAACGGCAGCAGCGUUGGCAUCGGCGCCGGCGCCGGCGUUGGCAGCGUUCCCAUCAUCAUGGAGGGGCCCGAGGUGACAUUUCUGUUUCAAUUUGGCAGCAUACGGGAUGCAGUCAGUGUACCAGUGAAUGCUCUAACCUUAAAGUCUCUCAAGGAUUUGGCAUGUGAUUUCAUAAAUACUAAGAUACCAGAUAGCGGUUUAACGUAUCUAUCAGAACGAAUUUUACUUUUCGUCCAUGACUAUAGUACGCCAAAUGUGCUGCAUAUUAUCAAUUCUGCAGCGGAAGUUGUCGACGAGACCUUAGUGGAAAUUGUAUUGACAGCGAGUCCCAUAUUGUAUCCCACAUCGGAAAUGCCAACACUGAAGCCACACAGCCUCAACGUGCACUCGUAUAAGGCGCCCACAUUCUGUGAUUUUUGCGGUGAAAUGCUGUUUGGUCUGGUGCGCCAAGGACUCAAAUGUGAUGGUUGCGGUCAAAACUAUCACAAACGAUGCGUAGUGAAAAUACCAAACAACUGCAAUCGCUCAAGUGACGCCACAUCCAGACGCUCCUUUACCCUGCAAGCGCCCCGCAGUCCAUCUGGCAGCAGUUCACAGCAGUCGCUUGUCUCCAAUGAGGAGUCUAGAAAUGACUCGAACAGUUCACUGAACAUACCAGGCUAUCAGGCUGGACGACAUCAGAGGACACACUCGGCCGGGAGCAGCAGCGGUCGCAAUGGACUCACCGUCCUCCGCAUACCACACACAUUUAUGGUGCACACGUAUGGCAUUCCAACAGUGUGUCAGCUGUGCAAGAAGCUGCUGAAGGGUUUGUUCAAGCAGGGAUUGCAGUGUCGUGACUGCCAAUAUAAUACGCACAAGAAAUGCAUGGACAAGGUGCCGCUGGAUUGUACGGGCGAGGCACAAUUGAGUCAAUUGCAGGCCGAGAUUAAUGAGGGAACACCAACACGCAAGGAUCGCGACAAUUUCUUUCGUGAGGAAUUCGACGACAGUGAUUUUGAGGAUAAUGAGCUGGGCAUGGGCAAAUUUAAAGGUGGCGCCACCAAUUUGGUAGCGGGACGUCCUCGUGAAGCGCCCAAAGCUCUGACAAAUGCACAAAAUUCACCGCCCGAGCUGGUCAAUGGCGGCGGAUUGGAUAGCAGUAGUAAUAGUGGUGAAACCAAGUCAAGUGAUGGUCAAUCCGAGCAAUCACAAUCCUCUUCGUCAUCCUCGCCCAGUGCCAAUAUCCCGUUAAUGCGAAUCGUCCAAUCGGUCAAGCACACCAAGAAACGUGGUGGUCAGGCCAUUAAAGAGGGCUGGCUGGUCCAUUAUACCUCACUGGACAAGGCGGUUAAGCGCUACUAUUGGCGUCUAGAUUCGAAAACCAUAACGUUAUUUAUCUCAGAGCAGGGUAGCAAAUACCACAAAGAGUUGGCCCUGUCGGAACUCAUAUCCAUAGAGACGCAACGGGAACCAAAAUCGCAAGAGGCCAACUAUUGCUUUGAAUUGUGUAUGCCAAAUCUGAGCUAUUUUGUGGGUCAAGAUCCUCUGCUCGGAGUGAAAGAUGAGCAGGCUGUGCGACUGCCGCCGCCAGAUAGUGGUAUUGGCAGCGAUAUUGCCAAAUCCUGGGAGACAAGCAUAAGGCAGGCCUAUAUGCAUGUAACAAAUACACAAUGCUGUGAAUCAGAGGAACAAGUCCAGGAUAUGGGACAACUAUAUCAAAUAUUUCCCGAUGAGGUUCUUGGAUCGGGACAAUUUGGUGUCGUGUACGGCGGUGUUCAUAAGAAAACCAAGCGUGAGGUGGCCAUCAAGGUGAUUGAUAAGCUUCGAUUUCCCACCAAGCAGGAGGCACAGCUAAAGAACGAAGUGGCCAUACUCCAGAAUAUCUCGCAUUGCGGUGUCGUCAAUCUGGAGCGUAUGUUCGAGACUCCGGAGCGUAUAUUUGUUGUCAUGGAGAAACUAAAGGGGGACAUGUUGGAGAUGAUUCUCUCACAUUCACGUGGACGUCUCAGUGAACGUGUUACCAAAUUCUUAAUAACUCAAAUACUGAUUGCUCUAAAGUACCUACACUCGCAAAACAUUGUGCAUUGCGACUUGAAGCCGGAGAAUGUGCUGCUCUCCUCGGAUGCUGAAUUCCCACAAGUGAAGUUAUGUGACUUUGGCUAUGCAAGAAUUAUUGGCGAGAAAUCAUUUCGACGUUCCGUGGUGGGUACACCGGCAUAUCUUGCACCUGAAGUGUUGCGCAACAAAGGCUACAAUCGAUCCCUCGACAUGUGGAGCGUUGGCGUCAUCAUCUAUGUGAGUCUUAGUGGGACUUUUCCUUUCAACGAGGAAGAGGACAUCAAUGAUCAGAUUCAGAAUGCCGCCUUUAUGUAUCCACCGAAUCCCUGGAAAGAGAUAUCAUCAAAUGCCAUUGACCUGAUUAACAACCUGCUGCAGGUGAAACAACGCAAACGUUAUACGGUAGACAAGAGUCUUCAACACUAUUGGCUGCAGGAUAAGCAAACCUAUCGAGAUUUGCGUAAUCUGGAGGCACAGGUGGGCGGUGGGCGUUAUUUAACGCAUGAAGCCGACGACAUACGCUGGGAUUGUGCUGGUGAUAUGUGACCUGGUUCAUCGAACGAUAACUACCCAAACUGUGCGGAUUGCCAUAGACAUCUAUCCGAUAGUUCACCCAAAGUGGAGGCCAUUGGUGAUAAGGCAUUGAAAUGGAUGCGUUUUCAUCUGUGCCGGCACAUUAAAUAGUGAAUACCCCUCUCCCCCUCUCCAUCAUACAUUUACUGUCACGCAUUUUUAUUUCAACUAAAUCAAAAACUAGUAGCUAGUAGCUUUAAAGGCAAACUCUUAUGAACGCACUCAGCUCUGAACAAAGAAAGAAAAAUAAAACAAUGCUUGACAAUUAAA